UUGCAUUCAGGACCAGAUUAUAUUUUGUUUCCCAGAAUUGUUGCCGAAAUUUCGAACAACUAUGACGUUGAGGUAUUCCACUUUUCUCUAACACAAGGAUUUUGGAGAAACAGUGAAUGGGGUAUUCCGCCACAGCCAGCGUCCCCUUCUGGAGCGCAGCUAUUUUGUUCAUUUAGGGGAAUUGGAUCGGAGUUUGUUCAUAAAGUUGCUGACAAAUGGAACCACUUUGUAAACUCUUUGAAUGGAAUAUUUUGCACUUCUUUAUUGGAAAUGGUUCCACUUCUAACGGCUACGCCGAGACAUUUCCCUUUUGCAAAAAAUGGGAGUGAGGAUGAAUUUACUUUGCAUCAUCGGUAUGGCGCUCUAGCCAGCGAAACAGUUUGCACUGAAAACUUGACACCGUGGAAAAAACUUCUUCCGUGUAAAGAAACCGGGUUGUCGGAAAUUUUAAGCCCAGAAAAACUGUACAGUUCUAAUUAUCAUUCACUGUCAAUUCAUUUCACACGGGGUUGUCAGGACAUUUCCAAGUCUUGCAGAAACCGCACGCGUCUUGAACUUGGUUUAGAUAUGGUCACUGAUAUUGAUCUUCGGUCUCAUUCCUUAGUAAACAGUUGUUUUCGUUUCACUAAUCGUUUUAUUAUGUUUUUACAUCAGUCAGUAAUAAGCACUGGAAAAUUGAUAGUAGCUAUUGUAAAUAUAAGUCCCACCGAGAAAAAGAAAUACAAUAGUCGACAAUAUUAUAUUUAUAACAUUCAUGAAAUUCCAACCCAUAUGUUUCCUUUCAACUUACACAGCCAGUACAGGAGGAAAUUGGAUUUAUCUCAGCAGAAACCGAGUUCAUUGUUCAGUGUUCAUAGCUUUCUUGGCAUAGCGGACCAACAUGCAGGAAAAAUUAUUACUUCAAUUGAAAACCUGCAGUCUUUACCACAGUCUGCCACUUAUUUUCAUGUUAUACCUUGGUUCAUACAGAUUUAUUUCCACACAGUGAAAUUUUUUUGUGUUUCUUUGUCUGGAAGAAAGGGAUCGGAGAGUACUGUUCCAAAACUUUUGAAUUUCGUUCCUGCCAAAAGCAGGAUGAAACCAUUUCUCUUGGAGUAUCAACUAUUUUUGCCUGCUGGAGCUGUUUGCGAGCUGUCAUUUGAAUUUGACAAAGCGUUUUUAAGAGUGACUGAUUAUCCACCUGAUGCUAAUCGUGGGAUGUACGUCCCAGCUGCCAUGAUUAGUUUUAAAGCUGAAGAGGAAAUAUGGCAAAAAAAUAGAAGUCUCUGUGGCAUAGGUGGCAGUCGACUGGUGUCCGUUUUCAGCGAAGUGCUUUUGGUUUCUUUGCCUGUGCCUGACUUUAGCAUGCCAUUUAACGUUAUUUGUUUUGUAUCUACGGCCAUCGCUAUGUUGUUUGGUCCAAUUCAUUCGUUGACUACAAAAAUGUUAGCGGCUAAAUUAAUUCCAGUCGACGAGGCCGACAAAGAUCUGGUUUCAAAACCUCUUUUCACAGCCUUAAUUCUUAAGUUAUGGAAUUUAGUCAAAGUUUGCAUCGCCAGACUUAGGGACUUCAAAAAUCGAAAGAAAGUUGCCUAAUA